AUGUCAAAGUACUCGAGCGUUCAGGAAGCCUGGGAGGCUUGCGAUCGCACCGACACGCUAUUCAUCCUGGUAUGCACGGUAUUUUGCUGGCCCAUCAUACCAGCGGUCGGUCUCGGAUAUUCUGGCUAUUCUACUCGCCGAAGCGGCUUAGCCUCGUUCAUUCCAGCGGUCCUCACUGUCUGUGUGUGCUCUAUACAAUGGUUCAUCGUCGGUUAUACUCUAGCAUAUGGGGAGGGAGCUGGUGUCAUUGGCGACUUCAGCUACAUUUUCCAUAAGGGUGUGCUUGCUGAGCCCGUUGGCACUAUUCCUGCCAUCCUCUUUAGCGAGUUCCAGUUGGUCUUCGAGGCGACGGUUUGUGCCAUUGCUGUAGGAGGUAUCUGUGAAAGAGGACGCAUAAUCUCGGUGGUCCCAUUCAUCUUUCUUUGGGCGACACUCAUUUACUGUCCACUUGCACACAUGGUCUGGGGAGGAGGCUUCCUGUCUGAACUCGGUGUGCUUGACUUCGCAGGCGGAACCCCGGUUCACAUCUGCAGCGGUGCAACCGCCAGUGCUCUCAGUCUGUAUCUGUCAUAUCCAAUCGCCAGAUCUCGACAGUCAUCAGAACGCACGCCGUCUCAUCUGAAGCUACAUAGGCCCCAUAACAGCAUGUGUCAAUUAUUGGCGAUGAUCAUCAUUUGGGGUUCCUGGUUGGCCUUCGAUGCAGGAACUACGCUUACUCUCAGCUUCCAAUCCGUCAAUGCUCUGUGCGUAACGAAUCUAUGUGCAUCGGCUGGUGCCCUGACAUGGGCAUCCAUGACAUACCUUGAGUCGGGUCUGUGGUCCCUAGACUCAAUUUUUAUGGGCGCAAUUGCCGGACUCGUCAUGAUUACACCCGCUGCAGGUUUCAUCGAUAUGCCUACCUCUUUGUUAUUUGGGGUUCUGGGGGCUGUUGUCUGUAGACAGGCACUGCGUAUCAAAUUCACAGAACUUGCCAGGAAAUGGAGAUGGGUUGACAAUGGUGAUACCUUCGCCACCCAUUGUGUGGGAGGAUUUCUUGGAACUAUCAGCACUGGUCUCUUCGCCCAAAAAGCCGUUGCCGCCUAUGGUGGUAUCGAGGUUGAUGGAGGUGUCUUUUUUGACGGAAAUAUUCGACAACUUGGAAUCCAGAUUGUGGAGGCGUUAGUUGGGUUUGCCUGGGCCUUCUUCGGAUCUUAUGCUAUCAUUGCUUUGAUCGAUUGUAUCCCAGGACUCGAGGUUUUGGCGACCGACAAGGAAGUCAACAUGGGCAUGGAUGCCUCCCAGAUGGAUGAGUCGCUAUAUGAGGCGCAGUGGGCAGGAGAGGAGAAUUACAAACCUCUACCUGUGGGUAACAUCACACUCGAUGACUAG